GUCAGCUUGACACUUGAGUGCUGAAUUUAGCACACACACUCACACACGCACACUAAUACAUAUACUCACAAAAUUCCAAAUUAGUAUACAAAUCCGGGUCUACCCUAACAGUGAGCUCUCUGGAAGUAACCUAAAAAACAGGGAUCAAACAAAGGACACUCACUGUGCAAGAGCAAACAGAAUUCUGGGGGUCUGAAGCAGGGGAGCAGCUUGGAUAUUGGCUGGUUUGUUGGAUUCUGAAGUGGUGGGUGAACUACAGUCCAGUCAUCAGCAGGUAAAGGACUUAUCAUAGAGAUUACAUGCACUUUUUUGUAGUCUUAUCUCUAAAUGACAUCCUUUCCCAGAAGUCUGAUGCUUCGAAUUAUGUCCUUGCUGUGUGAAAAUGCUUCCGCCUAAGAAAAUUUAAGAAUUUUCUGUUACCAAGACUGAUUUCUAAUGAUCUGGUACUUUCUAGAAUCUUUGUCUGACUUGUAGAGACAUCCAAAUUUAGUUCUGGUGAGACUUAAUUUGACAACUUCAGAACAAUUUAAACAAGUGUACUUGAACAAUGCUUUAUAUGCAAAGGCUUGGUGUUACCUUUUUUAUUACUUAUAUUUGUUAGUGUGUGCCUGUGUCUUUACAAAAAGUGUUACACAAAUUUAUUUUUGUAGAUCUGCUUUGAAAGAAAGAAAAAAACAUAUUUUUAUAGAAGAUUAAUGAUCAGAAAAAACUUGAACUUAAGCAUAAAAACUGAAAGCCACGAAGGCCAACAUACAGACAGGACUCAAGCAAAAAUAGCAUACAGUCUCUUUUAGUUGUGUUUCAGUAACAAAACAUGCCUUAAUUUUUUAUUUGUUUCACAUUUAGUUAAUACCUGUCUAUUAAUUUUUGUUCCAGAGGUGACAGAUAAAAAAACAAGUCCCAUUAUAGAUCUCUGGUACCACAGAUGCAUGACAUAUUUUAUUUGUGGUGAAAGUGCUCUUUAUUGUUAUUCCUCUUUUCAUUAGAAUUCAACUGAGUGUGCUUAAUCUGUGGGUGAGACAGUACUGACAAUAUCAACUAAAUAAAAUGGACCAGUGAGUAUAUUCUUUAUAAGCAAUUUAAUAAAUUCAUAAUUUGAUCAACUCAUGCAUAUGAUGUGUUUGGUGACAAUGGAGUGACUCCACUUUGGCUAUUUUUAUUUUUCCUUUUAACUUUGAGCUUUGUGUACACACCUAAAGAGUGAAAAAGUUACAGGGAUAGAAAGCAAAGUUAAACUUUCUGAAAAGUAAAAAAUCUCAUGAAGAGUGAAAGAGGCUGUUGAAUGUGUAUUGAUUAUCUUUGUGUUUUUGUGUGUGUCAGGGAGGAUGAUAAAAACUCUGUGGAUAUCCAUGACAACCCUCCAGUUCCUGACAAUGUUGUGAAAGAGGAGGGAGACACUGUGAGUGACAUGACCAUGUAAACCCCCAAUGGUAGCAUCGCCAUUCCAACAUGGUUUAAAAUAGCCACCAACUGAUUCAGGAAUGCAGGACUGCGUCAAUUGAAGUAACUUGAGUUUCAGUAUUUUUGUCUUUUAAUCUCUGUGGGAUAGAUUCAUACUGCCAGCUGAUCUGUAAAGAAAGAUCACUUCAGGUUUGAGGAAAAAUUAUACUCUUGAUGGAAAAAGUAAGAGGUAAAGCUCAACAGAUUCCUAAUCUUGCCUAACAUCAAGUUACACAAAUUACUUAACAUGCAAAUUUAUUAAACACACCCAAAGUUAAUUAAAAUGACAACAACAACAAAAAAAUAGCUGUCAAUUAUCAGCAUGGCAUUAAGUGUGCAGUACUUUAUCAAAAGAAAACAUGCAAAGGACAAUGAAAUUAGAUCAACUCUCGGACAGAUGUCUGGUACUUCCUUUAUUUUGACUCAAACUCCACAAAAUGAUUAGAAAUCCCUAAUGAAAAUUAUCGGGAAAUGUGGGCAACACUUGAAAGCAAUCUUGCAAAAUAUAUUUCAUACAUUUUGACCAUUGGUUGGUUCCCUUUUCUUAAUUGUUCCUUAAACCAGCUGCCGCUCACCAUAAAUAAAUGGCUCUUUUAAAAGUUGGCUCUCUGCAAAACAAGUCUUUUAUUGUCAAUGACCUGAUUUUAGAUCACAAACUUGACUGUUUAUUUUUAACUGAAACAUUGCUGGGUGCGAAUGCACCAGUUGUUCUCAAUGAGGCCUCCCCACCUAAUUUUAACUUUGCAUUUUCUAUUGGAAGUGGUGGAGGAGGUGGUGGCACAGCAGCUAUAACUUCAACACCCUUGCCACCAAACCCGUUUCGUUUGAUCAGUAUGCAACUUUUGAAUAUAGGGCAACUGUUUGUAGCAGUCCUCUUAUCUUGGUGUCACAAUAUAUAGACCACCUAAGAAAUGUACUGCUUUUAUCAGCAAACAACUCCUAUAACAUGAUUGUUCUAACUGGUGAUUUUCACUUACACAUAGAUAACUCCUCAGAUCUGAUUUCAACAGAAUUUUUAAAUGUUCUUAAUUACAGGGAUUUUAUUAAAUAUGUCACACAGCCAACUCACAACAGAGGACACUCACUGGACUUGGUCAUCACCUACGGCCUGUCCACCAGUGUAUCCUCUGUUGUCGACUUGGCUGUCUCUGACCACUACUGUGUGUUUUUUAUCACCAGUUAAAAAACUCUGUGAGCGCUGUGAAGAAGCGACAUCUGACCCCUGAAGUGGCUGCAAAUUUUAUUGGUAUUUUAGAUAAAAGUCCUCCAAUUGUUUUAGCUGCCCCCUGUGAUUUAACAGUAGACUGGGAACAGCCCUGGAGCUGGUUGCUCCACUAUAAACAAAUAUGUACAACCCAAACUCAUACCUCCAUGGAGAAACAAGGAGCUCAAAACAUUUAAGAAGCAGUACAGGAUGGCAGAGCGCAGAUGGAGAAAAAGCAAAACAACAAUAAAUCAGCAAUUAUUCAGUAGUCAGCAAAGAAUAUAAAACACCAUCAGAACUGCAAGAAACAAUUAAUUUAAUUAAUUUUUCAAUUUACAAUUAAAUUUAAACCCUGAUUUGAGUAAGUGUCAUUUUAAUCCCACUGACUCCCUCUGAGAGAAAUUUGCAGACCACUUCAUGGAGAAGAUAGACACAAUCAGAUAUGACAUUUUAUCAAGUCAAACAACUGUUUUUAAUACGUCUGAGUGUUUGUCUUUACCUGAACAAACACCGGACAGUUUUGUCCUGGUUAAUGCUGAGAUGCUGGAUAAAGUUGUCUCCUCAGUGAGGCCCACCACAUGUAUUUUAGAUCCUAUUCCCACCCAAGAUUUUUUAAAUGAGCUUUUUAAAAACAAGCUUUUAAACAACAUGAUGAAUUGUUCUCUUCAGACAGGGGUCUUUUCCACUGCCUUUAAAGCAGCAGCGGUGAGGCCCCUGCUUAAUCAUUUGAACAAUUACAGGCCACUGUCUAACUUACCAUUUUUAUGUAAAAUUUUAGAAAAAAUCUCUUUUAUCCAACUUAGAGAUGACACCAGGCCAAUGGAUGCUCUUUUAAUUGCAUUUUAGAUAUUAAAUCCUGGAUGGCAGAGAACUUUCUCCAGCUUAACUAGUACAAAACUGAGGUUUUAGUAAUCGGUCCUAAGGCCUGGAGAGAGAAACUUUUACCCAAAUUACAAGCAUUCUUUUAAUCCAUCACCACAUGUGAGAAACUUGGGUGUCAUUUUUGACUCUGAGCUGACUUUUAUUCCACACAGUAAGAACAUAAUGAAAAUAGGUUUUUAUCACCCAAAGAACAUCACCAGAGUCCGCCCCAAUCUCUCUCAGGCCAACAUAGUGACGCUAAUGCAUGCUUAUACCACCAGUCGUAUAGACUAUUGUAAUACCCUGCUUUCUGGUCUUCCCAAAAAGAAUAUUUCAAGUUUAAAAUUAUUACAAAACUCAGCAGCACGUGUCCUCACUAAGACUAGGAGGCGGACCCACAUUACACUGGUUUUAGAAUCAUUGUAUUGGCUCCCUGUGUCAAGAUUGGCUCAGAGCAGGAGCACACAAAGGCAGACACUGAAGCAGAGGUCAGAGGCAAAAAGAGUUUAAUCAAAAACAGGCAAAGAGCUGUACACGAGAGAUCAAUCCAGACAGAAGUAUCCAAAUCGGCAGGCAAAAAAGGCAAGAUCCAAAAACAAGCAAGGUUCAGAACACAAGAGGCUAUGACUGUGGCUGUGAAGAAAGAAGGCUGGGACGAGGACUAUAAACUGGCAACAAGACAGUGAUAGACAUGGUUAAACACAAGAGGUAAUGAGGGCUGAUGAGGCACAGGUGGGGAGAAACAAUCAGGGAGCAGGUGUGACAGGACGGGGGCAGGGCAGACAGGAAGCAAAGCUAGAACACAGAGACAAGGGUUAGUGAUUUUGAAAUAAAACAGGAAAGACAAACCAAACAUAGUGUGCCAAAAAUAAAGCGAACUUGACAGACGUGACACCCUGUGUGUUUUAGGAUCGAUUUUAAGGUUCUUUUACUUGUUUUUAAAUGUCUUAGUGGUCUUGGGCCUCUUAUCUCUCAGAACAGCUUUUACUUUUUAUUGAUAUGUAUUCAUUUUAUCUCCAUUGAUUCUAGCUAGCUUAGGCUUCUUAUCUCAUAUUUAUCUGUAUUUAUUGUCACUGAGAUUGUCUGUGUUUUAUUUAAUUCAUAUUUUAGUGUUUGCUUAUUCUUAUCCUUUUAUCAUUUUUAGGAUCCCAGUGUUUCCCCUGACUGAACCCUCAGCACCAGGAGCAGUGGUCAGCUGUGGUCGCAGGGGCCGGUCACAGGGUUCCUGGCGGAGGGUGGUGUCUGCCACAUCUCUCCUCUGGCCCUGUGUCAGUGUCCUGUGGCUGUGGGUGGCUCUCUGCUCCUGGUGCUGAUGGCUCCUCUGAUGGUGCUUUCUCAACUGGUUCAACUGUGCCUUGCCUCAUGUUCAAUAUCGUAGCGUUCAUACCUACGGCUGCGCUAGUGUGUGUGUGUGUCUGUAUGUCUGUGUGUCUGUGUGUUUAAGGAUUCUUUAAGGAUUGUUUUAGGUUUUUUAACAGACUGUAAGGCACUUUGUGUUACAUCCUUUUGUAUGAGAGGCGCUUUAUAAAUGAAGUUUGAUACGAUUUGAUUUGAUAAAUGAUUGGUUCAUUGAGGCAAGUGAACUUGAGGCACGUCAAGUAUGUUUAUACUCCAGCCUUUACCCCAUGCAAGACUUACCAGGCCCUUUGUGUGUCCAGGUCUAUUUCAUAUAUGAAGAGGAGGUUGAGGUGGAGGAGAAAGAACCUGAACCUCCUGAGCCUGUUCUCAUGGUCAAUGACAAACCGCACAAGUUCAAGGACCACUACUGCAAGAAACCCAAGUUCUGUGACGUCUGUGCUCGCAUGAUAGUCUGUAUGUUCAAAAAAAGAAACACAACCCUUGAACAUCAGCAAAAAAAGAAGAGAGUUAUCAAAUACAAUGAAAUGUUUUUGUUGUUGUUGUUUUCUGGAUAUAUCCUAUUGCCUGGUUGCUUUUGGCUUUAGAGUGACAAAAAAGCUGUUUUUCUUCUGUCUUGCAGUGAACAACAAGUUUGCUCUGAGAUGUAAAAACUGCAAGACCAACAUCCACCAUUCAUGUCAGUCCUAUGUUGAGUUCCAGAGAUGCUUUGGAAAAAUUGUAAGUCCCUUCCAUUCUCAUGCAGUGCAAAAACUAUAAACACAUAUUAUCUACAAUGAAGUACAAACCUCAGUUCCAGUGAACUUGGGACAUUGUGUAAAACUUGGAUAAAAACAAAAUGCUAUGAUUUGCAUAUUGAAUACACAGCGAAAACUAGAUAUAUAAUGUUUAAUUUGGUAAAUUUGACUUUUUUUUUGCAAACAUUCAUAAAUUUCAAAAAAAAAAAAAAAAGAAACAGCAGCAACAAAACACAUAAAAUUGAAGAAUGCUACAAAAACACCUAUUCGGAACAUUCCUCAGGUGAGCAGGCUAAUUGGAAACAAGUGAGGGUCAUGACUGGUUUAAAAGGAGCAUCUUUUAAAGGCUCAGUCAUUCACAGCCAAGAGUUGAGCAAGGUUCACCACUUUGGGAACAUCUGAGCUAUAAGUUCAACAGUGGUACACCUGGGCAACUUCAUCCUGACCGCCUAGCCAACAUGGGGAAGAUAAUAACACAACUGAAAGACAAAUUUGAUUACCUAGAAAAGGAGAUCAAACAUCAGAAACCAGGGCUUUCCUGAAGGCAGAAGGUUGGGGGACGGUUGCAUUCUUGGAAUGACUGAUAAUGGAAUUUUUUGGCAACAAGUUCCCCUUAGCCUUGACUUUUGAGGGAGCACAUCACAUCAGGAAAGUCUGUGACAGACCAGGGGCCAUAAUCACCAAAUUCCUUAACUUCAGAGACAAGGAGAAAGUCCUCUGUCUAGCCAGAAACAAGGGACAGAUUACCAAUGACAGCAAGAGGAUAUCCUUUUAUCCAGAUUACACUGCAGACCUAUGGUGAAGGAGAGAUGACUUUUCAGCUGUGAAGAAGAAGCUGCAAGAGAAAGGAGUUGAAUACACACUACUUUACCCUAUAAAACACCAGGGAGCUGACAAGUUUUUCUCUUGUUUAGCCAAAGCUGAACAUUUGUUGAAGGAGCCGCCAAGUGAGUUAUAUUAUCAAAGGCAAUCGUGCACCACUUAACACUAUAGACACUAUAGAUGAACAUAUCUACUAUUUGUUUCUAAAAAGAGAGACACUGUGAAAGUGACUGAUACGUGAACGUAUCAAUAAGCAGCCUAAAAUUUUUGGUUUUCAUGUACAGUGCUGAAGGGGACUGACAUUGUGUUUCCAAAUUAUUGGGAGGUAGGAAGCUUAAUAUCUUAAUUUAACAGUUUUACAUCCCUAUGGUCAAGAGAGAAAAAAAAUAUCCAUUUACAUGCCUGACCCUCGUCUUGAGCUUCCAAACAUUGAAACAGUCUCUGUGUUCAAACAGUUAUGAAAGUCUGGUCCUUGUAAGAGCAGUUGCCGUGGCAGCCAGGUUUAUAAUAAAAAGUUACCUACCUCAUGUCUUUUCUCUCUCUUAUUAAAACCAAAAUUUUUACUCACACACGAAUCAAAAGCAAGAAUUUAAUCAAAUACUUGCUGAUCUGCAAUUUAAAAUAAACAUCUUUGUAGUGUAUUCAAUUGAAUAUAGGUGGAAAGGGAUUUGCAAAUCAUUGAAUUCUGUUUUUAUUCCCGUUUUACACAACACCCUACCUUCAUUGGACUUGGGGUUUGUAGAACACUGAAAUUACUGUCCACAUUGCUUGUCCCUGAAAAGAAUAUUUAUAUAAUAACUGUCAUUAUCAAACCUAAUGUCUUGUUUCCUGAAGCCACCUGGCUUCAGAAGGGCCUACAGCUCUCCCCUGUACAGCAGUGACCAACCAGACCCAAGUGAGUCCACUUAAAAUAUAUUUGCCAUAUAUCUUGACUUCUUUUCUCAGGUUCCUGCCUAUUCUGCUGCAUUAUAUUGACUAAAUUUGAACACUUUUAUGUGAACUAUAACUUAAGCUGUGGCUUCCUGCUCUGUUCUUAAACAGACAACCCAAAUAGGAAUGACCCCGUCUUUGACACACUGCGUGUUGGUGUCAUCAUGGCAAAUAAAGAACGCAAAAAGAAUGAAAAUGACAAGAAAAAUGUGAGUGUACAGCUGACAAAACUAUGAAAUGUUUAAAUUGUUAACAGAACAGUGUUCAAUGGGUCAAUCAUUCAAUAAAUGCCACAGCAAUGGUAAAGGACAUUUCUGGGCAUUAACAGGGACAUUUGUAGCAACUGAUAAUGUAAUCAAGGCUCACAAUGUAAUAAAUGCUCAUAAUGUAAUAAUAAUAUUGAACACGAUAUUUGUUAUUGCUUUGGUUGAAAUAAUCUCAAGAUUAUGAUGAUGAUGGAGGAAGAAGAAGAGGAGAACCAACAGCCCAAAGAGAAUGAAGAGGGAGGAGAGGGUAGGUAGAGAAUACAGUGGUGUUUGAAUGUGUUAUGUGAUGGGAAUUAUGCAGCUGUGAUCAUAUAAUUCAGGCAUUUACACUCAACAUGUAAUCAAUUGAUAAAAGAAGUCAUAAAUCACAAUAAAUGACACAGCAAAAGUGAUGUACAAUGAAAAAUUCUUCUUUUAAAAAUAUCAAUUCUAAACCCAGACUGAUGUUUGUUGUUCAAACAGGGAAAGCUGAUGAUAAAAAGGAAAAAGGAGGAGAUAAAGCAGAUGAUAAGGUAAGAAAACACAUCAGUAAAAUAUUUUAGUAUUAUAUUAAAUCAUUUAUUUAGAAAUUGGCCUUAUGCCUUCUAUUGUGACACUGUUGAUGUUUUAUUUCAAUUCAGUUGUCAUGUGCAGUAUUUGUGCUGUUUUGUCAACAGAGUAAGGGAACAUUUUCCCAUUCACACUAUUACCUGGCCCUCUACCGCUUCAAGGCUAUAGAAAAAGAUGACCUCGACUUCCAGUAUGUUUGAAAGACAUAAAUAAUGCCAAACAAUAAACUAAUCAUUAUUAUUAUUAUUAUUAUUAUUUUGAAUAAACUGUGUCAUUUACUUAGUUAAGCCCCCUUUUAGAACAUUUUAUAUCAAAUGUAAAUGAAAACAUUUACUUGAUGUGUUUGUAUUAAAGCCCCGGGGAUCGGAUAACAGUAUUGGAUGACUCCAAUGAAGAGUGGUGGAGGGUGAGAUAACUUCAUCAUUUCUUGAUCCCGUCAACUUUUAUAUGAUUCUUUCACAUGUGCUCCCCAGUUUGUGGUUAACCAGCUAAAUUUUAUGAGGAGAAUAACAUUAAAGUCUGUUCUCCUAUUUUAAGGGAAAAAUGGGGGAGAAAACAGGCUAUUUCCCCACAAACUACCUCAUAAAAGUGCGUGCAUCAGAGAGAGUUUUCAAGGUGACACGCUCCUUUGUUGGAAACAGAGAGAUGGGACAAAUCACACUGAAGAAAGAUCAGGUAACUCCACAAUUGUGUUUGUGUUAUGAAAUAAAAUGUAAAAUUUCUGGGUGUACGCUUUGGACAGUGUUUUUCAACAGUCUGUGCUUCUUGCCUAUUCAUAAGCUAUACAUCAGAGAAACAGUUAAGUUACGUUUUUUUUUUUUUUUUUUUUUAAUCAUGAUCACAAGACAGGCAAUAUUUUAGAACAAAAUACAUUUGACAUUAACAUUAUACCAUUAAUAUUUAAUGAAUGAAAAAACUCAAUACUGUUAACCUUGGAACCAUAGACUGUAUAUACUAUGGACAACUUGGUUCUGCCUAUUGCAUGUAUACGGAUUUGAAGCCAAAUAGCUCUCGGUAUUUCCGGGAGGUUUCUUCAUUUUCGGAAACCAGUGCUGCGCCGUAGCGAUGCGCGCAUUCGACCGCGCAGUCACUGAGGGUCGCUGUGAUGACGCUCAGCUCAAACAGCUAUCCCCCGGGAGAGCUACGCAAUCCCUGAACGCCAAUAGGCUGUAUCAAGUGUCAAUCAUAGAAAACAUGAACCCCCUAAUAACUUUUAAAAACUGAGCUUCACAGAAAAAAGAGGACUUGAGCACAAACCAGUCUUACUGUAACUACGUGUCAACAUCACAAGCAGGGGGGAGAAACAUUUAUAUUCUGUGUAAUAAAUCUCUAAAGUUUGUCCACAGCCACAUAAGCUUUGCUGGCAGAGGUGGGAUUUAUGACCUAUACUGCAGCCCGCCAACAGAGGGUGCUGUUCUUGGAGUGGCUUCACCUAUCAAGGAGGCAGACUCAGUCCAUUCUUUAUACAGUCUAUGCUUGGAACCAGCACACCGGGCAUCACCUAAACAGGGGUUGUGUGAAUGUAUCAAGCAACUACCGAUGAUGGGAUGUUUCCUUUUGUUGUCACUGUGUUUCAGAUUGUGGUGAAAAAAGGGGAUGAAAAAGGAGGCUACCUUAAGGUCAGCACUGGACGCAAGCUUGGCUACUUCCCUGCUGAUCUACUUGAGGAGAUCACUGUGACAUAAAAAAAUCCCAAUUAGCAAUGAAAGGCCUACAACACAUUUCAAAUAUCAUCCUGAACUUUGCUAAACAUGGAAACCUGAAAAAAUGUUACAUUUGCACUCAUUGUGACAAAUAUGGUGAUACAGGUGAGGACUGAAAAAUGGUUUGGAUUAGAUUACAUUAGAUAUGACUUUUAUCUCCAGGAGUCAGAAUUUUGACUUUGUAUAUAAGUUGUUUUUUGAAACACAGCGACACUGCUAAAAUGUAUUUAAAAUUUUUGCUCUGUUACUGAAGAAGUCAGCCAAUACAUUCUUUGGGAUAGUUGUUUCAACAAUUAAACCUGC